GAACGGCAGACUCAAAGAGGCGGAGCACUGCUAUCGCGUAGCUCUGAAGCAUCGCCCAAACAUGGCGGACGUUCACUACAACUUAGGCAUUUUGCUGCAGAAUACCCAGCGCUGGGAAGAAGCAAUAGCAAGCUAUCAAGCUGCCAUCGCGUUUCGACCACAUCUCGCUGCGGCGCACCUCAACUUGGGGCUGGCGCUGCACCGCGUGGGGCGCGGCGCCGAGGCGCAAGCGGCGUUGCGAGCGUGCGCGACGCUGCACGGGGCGCGAACCAAGGACCCGCGCGCCCACGAGCUGGCGCGCGCCGCCUGUCGCUUCCAGCUGGGGCGCCUCGCCAUGGACGACGGCCGGCCCCGCGACGCCCUGCGCGCCUUCCAGGACGCCGUCGCCGCCAUGCCGCCACACUACCAGCCGCAGAGCCUGUACAACCUGAUGGGCGAGGCGCAUUCGCGGCUGGGCCACGACGCAGAGGCCGAGCGUUGGUUCCGCGCCGCGCUCUCCUCCAAGCCUGACCACGUGCCCGCCCACCUCACCUAUGGACGCCUGCUCGCGCGCAACGCCUCAAGACUAAGGGAGGCGGAGCGUUGGUAUCGGCGAGCUGAGGCGUUGGCACCGGAAGAUGCAUCGGUUUUCCGACAUUACGAUUUAUAA